AUGGUUAGAGUUGGUAGUACCAGUACUAGUAUACGCUGGGAGGAAGUCUGUAGAGAUACCACAGAUACUAGUAUGCCAAUUAAAAACAACAUUUCGAAAGUCGAAAAGCUUUUGGUAGGCGACUCUAUAACAAAACACGUGGACGUGUCGCGCAUGUUUCCUAGAAAUUCGACAAACCACAUUAGAAUACCGACAUUCAAACAAGCCUGCAAAACCAUUUCGGAAAUCACUUCUACUACUGUAGAUACUGUGAUAUACCAUCUCGGAACUAACGAUUUGAAAGAUGUGACCCCAACAGAAUGCCUGGACAGAGCUAUCGAACUUGUCAACAUAACACGAAAGCAGUUAUCAAACGCACUGGUAAUGGAGUCUGAAGUAAUCAAACGACAUGACAACAAAAUGAUAAAUAACAGGAUAGACAAAUUUAAUGAGCUACUAUCGAAAGAAGCAACUCGUCCCGACGUAUAUGUUAUAAAAUACAACCCCCUAUCGACAACACAAGAAUUCUAUGCUCGUGAUGGAAUUCAUAUCAACCCCAGAGGUACUGCUAAAUUGGUUUAUGCCAUCAAAGAGGAGAUAAGAAAAUUAGACACGAUAGAUUACCCACGAAAAAACGGGAACGGAAUUUUAGAUAGGAAAGAUCAAGUUUAUAACAACACCAGAAAUGCGAAGAGAUUCCCGAUUCCAUAUCGUAAAUUAAACAGCGAACGCGGAUCACAGCAGCGCCACCACGCAGCAAACAACAAAAUACCUCGGAAAAGUGGGAAGACUCAACACCGUGACCCAGACAAGCAGAGCUAUGGUGAUAAAGAUAAACUGUUUUUACCAGCACAGAGACAACGAAGUUCACAUUCUACAACCGGUAAAACCGAACAAAAUACUCUGGCAGAAAACAUGUUCUCCAAAUUUGUUAAAUUCAUGGAUUUCAUGAACUCCUUUUAA